UGCAGUACGGGGCCGAGCCCCGUCCGGCCGAGCCGCGGGAGCCCCGGGUGCUCGGGCCGCCCGUGCUGGUUGGGAUGCGCGCCCCGUGUGACAGAUGACCUAUUGAAAUAAUUUCGGAGCAGUGCUGGGGUUGCCACGACAACCAAUGCUCUCUUGGCUUUCAUCUGGCCAUGUGACAGCCACUUUGACGUCAGCUGGAGGCAGAGCCUGUGGUUUCGGCCGCGCAGCCAAAGCCUUGUGAGAACCUAGUGGAUGCUGGAUUUAUCCCCGCCGCCGCCGCCGCCGCUGCUGCUGUUUCUCAGGGGCUGCCAGAGCAUGGACUAUUAAAAACUUGCAUUUCUGCAGUGUGAGGUAAUAUUUUGUCACCAAUAUGGGAAAGCAAAACAGCAAGCUACGCCCUGAAGUCAUGCAAGAUUUGCUAGAAAGUACAGACUUUACAGAGCAUGAGAUCCAGGAGUGGUACAAAGGCUUCUUGAGAGACUGUCCAAGUGGACACUUAUCCAUGGAGGAGUUUAAAAAAAUAUAUGGGAACUUCUUCCCUUAUGGGGACGCUUCUAAGUUUGCGGAACACGUAUUCCGCACUUUUGACGCCAACGGAGACGGAACAAUAGAUUUCAGAGAAUUCAUCAUAGCUUUGAGCGUAACGUCGAGAGGCAAACUGGAGCAGAAGUUGAAGUGGGCAUUCAGCAUGUACGACCUCGACGGGAACGGCUACAUCAGCAAGUCGGAGAUGCUGGAAAUCGUGCAGGCAAUCUAUAAGAUGGUUUCUUCUGUCAUGAAGAUGCCGGAAGAUGAGUCAACACCGGAGAAGAGGACAGAGAAGAUCUUCCGUCAGAUGGACACCAACCGUGACGGAAAGCUCUCUCUGGAAGAGUUCAUCCGAGGCGCCAAGAGCGACCCGUCAAUAGUCCGACUCCUGCAGUGCGACCCCAGCAGUGCCGGGCAGUUCUGAACCCAGUCUUUGGAUGAAUUAUGUAUCUGCUUUUUUUUUUUUUUUUUUUCCCCCUUGCCAAACAACAUUCAUGGUAGUGUUGCCUCUGUAUGGCCAAUUAUGCCUUCUUUUGUGGCAUCUUAUAGCUUCUUUUGUCGUGGAUUAAUUAUACGAAUGCUGAAUUGCUCUUAACAAUGUGUCCAGAGCAUGGGCAGUACUGUUUUAAACAGAUAUUGUGGUGUUAUCAUUGUUUUAUAGGUUUUUUAUUUUUUUUUCAUUUUUAAUGUGUCUGUUUUGGAAAGUAUGCGUUGAGAAAGAGAAAACCAACAACAAAACCCUUGGCAGCAAGACAUACCGAUAGGUCUGAGGUUGCUGCUUUAGUAGCAGAGCAUUCACCCAGAGGAUCUGAAAGUGUAGCAGAGAUUGAAGCAAAAGGGUUGUGAUGGGGCAGGACUCGCCUGGGACCUCCUCUCCUGUCCAGGAGGCACCAGUGAAGCUCAGAGAGAGGAUGACGAUCGUACGCAACCGGUGAGGGCUGCACCAUCCGCACCCCUGCUCCUACACCUCCUUGUUUCAAUGCUGUGAACAUUUUCAAGAAAAGAAAAGGAAAAAAAUCAACAGCUUUUCCUUGGUUUACAGUGGUUGGUUUCGCACGGCUUUAUCUGAAAAUCCAGCAGUUUGCAGUCCUGAUCCCCAAAUCCACAACUGACGAUACCUCUUGCCAUUUGGGGUCAGCAAAAGCAGGCACGGAUGUUGAAAAACUGGGUAUUGACGAUGAAUUUAAGGGAGACACGUGUUGAAUGUGAAGUUUUCAGGUUAGUAAUAAACUAGUUUCUACGAAGGAGAGUGGGCAUUGAGCCAAGGAAAUGAUGCACACCUGCAAGCAGCUAAAACUGAGGCAAACCAGCUCUUUUGAAUGCUCUUGUGCAGUACGAAGUUUUGGGGGUGUUUUUGUCUCUCUCCACGUAGCUGACGCAAUUUCUGGGCCUGCUCCGAGGGGGAAGGCCGUCAUCAAACCUUGUUUUAAGCAUAACGUUGUAGCAUUUAUAUUUCCUUUAUUUUAGUAAAGCUCAAAAGUCUGUACUGAAACAAGGAAAUGGUACGCUUUACGGUAUAUUUAUAUAUAUAAAAAUUAAAAGGACAAAAAAAAAAAAAAAAAAAGAUCAGCUCCCAGAGAAAUGUUGAAUGUUUAUCUUUUCGCCUAGACGCAGGACUUCUGAAAUCUGCCGCUGCAAAAACCCAAAAACCUCCGUCCUUUUGGCCAGAGGCGCUGCGUCCAAAGCUGGGGUGCAGGCGUGGGAUUGCUCGGUACCCGUACGAGCGCUGCGGCGACAGAAAGGCUUUUGGUGGCUGGAGGCAUUACGCUGGCUAAAUUGGCAUUAAUCUGUCAUUAGCUGCAGGCUGCUCGGUGAUCCCCCUGGCGAGGUGUCCGGGCGGGCGGUGGGCUCGGCAGGACGACCUGUGGCUGGCAGGCGAGGCUGGCGCUUCGUCAAGUGGCCUUGUAGAUGCUAAUCCCCCGGUAGCCUUAAUUUAAAAUAAACAGGAGUGAAGUAAGUCUGCUUCGCAGAUGAUGAUUAACUAAGUACUAAUUAGAAGUCAUGAAAAAGGAGCCGAGUGUGAAUAAUUUUUUUGUUGAACACUAGCUAGCGUGUACGAUAAUUAAGAGAGAAAAAAAAAACAUCCCUAGACUUAAUUUCUCAUUACCAUUUGCUUUGCCAGGUUUGAUAUGCAAAGCCUAUUAAAAUAAAAUAAAAAUAAAUUAAAAAUAACAUUGUUAAUCAGUUGUACUAAAACUAUCACGAGUGGCUAAUUGCACAUAAUAAAAAUCUUCAGGCGCACACUUUUGUCUCAAAUGAUCACAGAAAGCCAACUGAUGAUUUAUUCCUGUGAAAUUAAUUAAAAUCCUGAGCAGAGGUGUGUGGGGGAGAGUGAGAAAGCAGGAGAGGCCCGAGCACAGACGCGAACAGCUCGCAAUACUUCGUGCUCUCAGCUCUUACGAGCAUGCGGGCAAAUUUUGCACUGAUUCUUCCAGUCCCUUUGCUAUUUCUCCCUAACCUCCAGCAGGCAUCCUGUGCACAGCUUGGACCUGUGCCUGCCCUCCCGUAGAGCCCAGACCUAUAAAAGCUGGCACUUAUGGCACUUAUUGGGGAUGGAUGUGAAGGCUUCCUCAGGUCCCAUCUUCCUUUUGCUGUUGUGACUGAGACUUUUUGCACAUGACUAAGACUUUUAAGACGUCGCCUUUUAUUUAAGCAUCUGCAUUCCAUCUCUUUUUAGUUUUACAAGGCAUUUCUGGCCCAGCACCUAACUUCAGCUUGUUUUUGCUCGGUAGUUUCGGGGUUUCACGUGUUAAUGCUGCCCGACACGCGUUGGAAAACACAACCUGCGACGUGACCCCAGGCCAGCGGAGAUGUAAUUCUUUCCACAGCUCAUGAGAUCUGGAAGAAUAAGAGCUAGCCCCCAGCUGCAGAGGACAUAGCUGCAGAUAAAAGUGUUGUAUAAACAUUUACAGAAUGAACGAAGGUUACUCUUUUACCUGCCUACCGCUGAUGACUGGUGUUGUUUUAAAUUAUUAACUAUCCCUUUCUGCCUCUGCCUCUGCGUGUGCUUUGAAAGUGAGCCCUGGCGGGGCUGGUUAUGGGAGCAUCUGCAGACCUCAGAGCAGCAGAACUGAAGCAUUGAAUGCAGGAUUGUGUUUUUCUGCUUUGCUACCAUUAACAUUUGCAGUCAUUGCAUAAACCUUCUGAAAACAAAAUGACCGACCUCUCCGGUAUAAAAUUAUGCAGCAAGUUAGGCACUUUGAAGAGAUCAAUUAGAAAUAUUUCCGUACAGGAAGGCUGGCAGACAGCACAUGCUCUUGCAUGUCACCUCUCAAUUUCGCAGAUACCUCCUCUAAUAGUACUUGCUGGUGGGAAAGGUAACCUCCACUCAGUUAUUAUCCAGAUGAAUUAAUGAGCACAUCCAGCACGCAGACCUGAUCCACAUAGCUCGCGAAAUUCUGGGCCAGAAGAUGCCGGGUGAUGUCUGUGGCUGUGGCUCUUUGCCGUCUUUGUUUGGCAGUGCUUUGGGAAGGGAAAGAGGAGCACAACCCUUGUAAGAGCAGCGUGUGUGCGUUGUGAGCACUUAGGGCUUGAGAGGGGCUGAAAAAAGAUCUAUGUUUCGACGUGAUUCGGAGCCCUGCGAGUUCACAGCAGGGAGUGUUCCUGAGAUAAUGGGGCUGUGCUGUUCCUCCUGGGAGCUUUUAGGAUUUUUACCUUAUUGCUGUGGCAUUUUGUCCUUUGUUGUUCUCUGCUAGAAAGCAUGACCUCCGCCUUUUCAGGACACUGCUGCUUAAAACACAGAGCCAGAAGUGUGCAAAUUCUGUGCCUGGAAAUGGUCUGCAUGCAGCAGCAGUGCCCAGGGGCACAAGACAAGCUCACACAUCCCCAGGUCCCUAAGAUUAAUACCUGUCCCCAUGAGCUGAACCCGGGCUCGGCUGACUCAUGGAAACUGGGUGAGCUGUGGUAGCUGGUGCUGAGCCCUAAUCCGCGGCAUAAGCCGAGAUGAGAACGUGGCCGUGGCCGUAUGAUGCCCGGUACAUGUGAGCAGGGGGACACGGUGACAAGUGGCAGGUCCCUGGGGACACGCGGCAGUGGGAGGGAGCCCCCUGCACCGCAGUGAGCACAGCUGUCCCAGCUGUUAUAAAAGAAUCUUCUUUUAUUUUUAGCAACACCCGUGAAGAUGCAGAAUCACAGCAGGAUAAAGGAGGCUUUCUCCAAAAGAGUUUGCUUUUGGGGCCUGGUGCAGGGACGCAAAGCAAAAUGAGCUGAGGAGGGCUGGGCAAGACCUGUCCUGAACACCCGGCACACCAGCUCCUCUUUUUGUCCUUCUCAUGGUUCUCUCUCAGUUUCAUGUGUCCAGGGGGUCUCUGGUGUGAGACCAGUGGAGAAGGACAUUUUAUCUGUCUUUUGCACAAAUAUUCGGACGUGUUCAUUGCUCUGUCGUGCUGGGUGUGAUCUCACGUAGGAGCCUGGAAGUGGGGGAAGUCGGUUUCCCUGGUACCACGGGCAGAGCCAUGCUCAGAGACAUGGAGGAGCUUGGCAAGCAGCAGGCAGCUGAGCAGGGCUCCAAGAGGAGUUUUUGAUUCGUGCACCAGGCAGAUAAGACACGAGGCAGCGACGUGCCAGGCCCACAGAACCACGUAAGACUAGCAUGGAAAUGGCAUCUCCUAACCGGGCAGCUCUGCUCUGCGCAUCCAGGCAGAGCAUUGCUGGCAAAAAGCUCUUUAAAACACCUUUAGCACGAACGUGCAGCUGCAGAAGCGGCUCUGCUCUCCCUUGCAGAGCUGCUCACCGUGUCCCAGUUGGGAAAUGCCAUAUGCUCCCCGGGGAGCUGCUGGUUCGGCUCCAAGUGUAGCUGUGGGCAAAGCAUGAUGAGCAUCUUCAUCCCCUGCAGAAACCACCUCUGCUCUGAGUGUCCCAGCAGCAUCCCUUGCUCCAGUCUGGCUUUUGCUGCUGUUAGUUUCAGAUGUCCACGUGAGCUAAUCGUUGUUUCAGGGAUGGGGAUUUUCACAGGAUGAGGGAAAAAGCUUUUCAGAUAUGCUCUCCAUACCUUAACCAGAAACAGCCAGAAAGGCCAGGAAUGCACAGAUUGGAUUUCCUCAUGGCUCCCACAGGUCAUCUUAUUUUAUUAUGUAUAGCUGGGAUUAAGAUAUCACCUGUAAAAUGCUGGCUAAUGCACAACGAGCAAGGCAAGAAAGAGCUUGGGUUGUGGUGAACGGAGUGGAAGGACAAGAGGAAUGAAAAACAGCGAGGCACAUUGCUGCCUUCAGACCAGGGUCUGAAUCCCCACGGCGAAGCUCCCCGUUAGUAAUUACAGAGCAGCUCCUUUUCAUCCUUCCAGUUGGGGCUGUGUUGCCCUGGGUCACCACAUGCUAAAACUGGGGUUUGGGGUCUGGCCACAAAGAUGUUCAUCUGAAGCACGCGGUGGCCACCCUCUCUGCUGUGUUUGCUUGCUCCGCAGCUGAGAGAUGUCUCAGAUCCUCCUCUCUUGCCCUGAUCUGAUCCCAAAGGCGUUCCCCUUUCCCAGGGCUCAGGGUGCUGGGCUCCCCAAGGCUUCCCUCCCCUCUUGUAGCUGCCAUCCCCACCAUCUCCCUGUGAACAAAUAAAAAACCCCAGGCCUGUGACAUCUGGAGGAGCCAGGCUGGACACACGUAGGUGGAACAGCUUCUGAUUUGCUUCCCAGCCCUCGGCCCUCCAGCGUGUACCUUGCCAGCCCCACUAUUUAUUUACUGUUUUCAGCAGUGGCAGCGUUAAACAUUUCGGGAACGUGCUGAACCCCUGGAACAAUGUGGUCUCCAUUAUUGAGCAUGUGUUUGCUGACGUGCCGCAGUCUGAACCCGACCAGUGACUGCUCUCUGCUCCUGUGGCUUAUCCCAUGCAGACCUGAUUUCUUCCAGGCAGGAACAGCAUCUUCCAAUUCAGCCUGAUGCUGCCUGCAGCAUCCUGGUGCUGUGGUCCGAGAGGUCAUUGUGGCAAAGUGGAGUGAUGGUGGGCUCAAACUCUUCCUGCCGCCUGUCAAAGGCACGCGCCAAGGGUGCGACCUCUGGUUCUCUCCUCAGGGCUGGCCUCCCGUUCCCUCCCCUGAACAGGAUGGUGGUGAUUAGUAGACCCACCUGAGGAAAUCCUCUUAAAUUCUAAUCACAGUUUGUGCUGUUAAUUGGCUGCAAUCGAAGGGGAGAUUAAUUGGGAGAGAACCCGGAGCUCCUUGCCACCAGCACCUUUUCAUUUCCUGUCAGUAGCUUAUUCCCAUUUCCAGGGCAACCAACUAGUUUUUUAUUAGUAUCUGAAAGAAAACAAAAGAAAACAAAACCACCACAACAACCAAAAAAACAGAGUUUCAAUUUGAUACAGAUCGGAGGAAGCUUACUAAAGACAUUGUGCUGUGUUAGCCAUUUGAAUGCCCUACAGGAUCAUGUUUCUGUGGCAUUUUCUGUUUCAUUUCCUCAUCCAUGUUUUAGUUGUGUUCUUGAUUUAUUUGUUUUAGAUCCUCUCAGAUUCAGCCCUGCACGCCGUGUAGCUCACGUGCUAGGAGAAGUCUCAAUGAACCCAAGAGCAGAUCUGCCAGAGCAAUUACGAGCGAGGUGGCAGUGGGCUCGCUGUGCCUAGGAAAAAUGAAGUGUUUAAGCAAGUUAGGGAUUAUUUCUGUCUGCAUAUUUCCUGCAAGGAGACGGAGUUGCAUUUCAGUACCCUUACUUCUCCCACUUGCUCUCUUCAUUUCCAUCCACACAGUCCUGUAGUUUGUAUCUGUGUAUUCAGUGCUAAUUUGCUCUUGAACCCGAGGUGACCUCUACGAACAUCUUCUGGCAGAAGCACUUCAUACCUUUGAUUUACAAAUAUGGCCCAGUCGGUGACAGAAUACAUGCAGAAUUAACUAGUUAUAGGUUGGUUUGUGUGAAUUUGGGCAAAUGCUUCUGAUGCUGUGCGGGCUAACAAAUUGAAAUAACCCACGGCCGAAAGCUGAAGGGAUCCAGGUGCCCCAUUCCCUCUGAAGUCCAUGACCACAGAGCUUUCUCACCACUGCUCCCCAGGCUGUCUCUGCGUCGCAGCGUAAAGUAGAGGAACCAAACCUAAUUUUCAGUAAGCCACCACGGGCAGACUAAAUGCAGCAGCAUGGCGUUCAGCAUAUUCUGUGUCUUGGCAAAAGGAGAUACCUCUCUAGACGAAUGCUUGGUAAGCAAACCUACAUAUCCUAAGAAAGACUUUUUGCAACUCGGAAAGGAGAGGGACAACUACGAAUUACACGAAUUUGGUCUGCAUAGUUUUCUUACGGCUGUCUGGAAUUGUUAGUGUCCCGCGUGUGCUUGCCUGUAGCUAUUGUGAUGUGUUAAUUUUUCUCCCCACUUCUGUUGUGAUCUCCUGUGGUGAUAUUCUGAGUCUCCGGCCAGUUCUCACCAGGCAGCACCCGCCCGAGAGGACUUCCAGAGGGGUUUUGCCUUCAGAAAGGCUGUGGGCAGCUCUCGGGAUCUGUCUCUGUGCCGCUGCGUGCUGUAGGAACACGUACCCACAGCGACGUGCGAAACCCACCCUGCACAAGGAGAGCAGACGACCAGCUCACGAGAGGGGACAGAGCCUGGCGGAGGGCUGUGUCUGUGUUUUGUGCCCCUCAGCAGCACGCUAUGAGCUCCCAGCUAGGACCUUCCUCGAAUUCUUGGUGUUGGAGUCAAGUUUUCUUAUGCUGAUAAUGUAUUCGUAUUACGCAACUCAGAAAAAAAGAAAAAAAGAAAAAAAAAAGGAAAUUCUCUCUCUCUGACUGUCCUCUCCUCUCGAGAAGCUCUUCUCUUCUGUACAUAUGAUAUGCAGAAUGUAUGGAAGUCUUACCAGCGUCGAUUUGCAUUUUGAAGACUGUACUAAUUAACGUGUGAUACUAUUGUGUUCUCGUAGUGGCAUCUUUGAUGUAAGAUGUAAAAACUAUUUAAAACGAUUUUAUUUUUUUGUUUUGUUCUUGUUCGGCUUUUAGAGCUAGCACCAAGGACUGCAUGUUCACUAGGAUCAGCCUUUCCAAGGGCCGUCGUAGCUGCACACAGGCGCCGUUGUUCGACAUGGAGUGUAGUGCCCGCCUUCUCAUUCCCAUAGGGGUCAGUUCUGAGCUCGUUCUUCCCCCAAAAGUCUGUUCUUCUGUCGUGCUCUCUCUCUCAGACUCAAGCAUCCAGAUCACAUGCUUUGGCCAGCCCCACCACCGCAGGCUGCAGCCGGGCUGACGUGAGACCCUCUGCUUUAUUUGCCACUGCUGGCUCUAUUGGGGUAAAUGUACUGGGUUCACGUUUUAAGACACUUUGCACAAGUGACUUGAAAAAAAUUUAACUAAAAUUGAAACAUAAUGACACAUUAUCCAAGAAGGAAGUAUUAGCCUGAGCUGCAAGUAUGGGGUCAGAAUCCUAUUGGGGUGCUUAAUGUAGUAAGAAUUUGGGGUCCAUCCAAAUUUGGGGCAUCUGGGGGGCUCAGAUCUGCAUUUCUGGUCAGGUGUGGUAGGGGCAGAGGGAUUGCACCCAGCCCUUCAGGCAGGGCCGCCUCAACAGACUCUGAGAGAGAUGCUUCUCCCAUCCUGGGCCAAGAGGCAAGACAUGCUGCAGCUUACCAAUUUAAUUUUUUUUUCAUAUAAAUAUAUAUAUUUUUUUCUUUCUAAAGGAGAAAGCAGUUCAGCCUGCACCUGACAAAAUGACUGACUUCAAAAGCAUGUUUUUCCUUGUUCUAUAGACACUCACAAAACAGCAUCGUGUGGUUAAAAAGGCGCAUUUGUGAUAGUUUCUUUUUCAGUGCCAAAAUAUAUAAGCAGUAUUGUUUGAAGGGAAAUAAGAAUUUUUUUACUGUAUUGUUAUUACUGUUGAACAAAUAUUGUUUUUAAAUGUUAGAUUUUGAAGAAUUUUGUAUUGUAAACUGUUUUGUGACAUGGUGCUUUUUCAUACUGGAAUUACUGAUUGCACCUAAAUAUGAAUUAUUUUGUUUUCUUAUAUAAAUAUGUAACCUUGAACAAUCUUGAUGAAAACCAAUGUAUGGUGGAUACCGAAGGUUCACACGAAUCCCCCUACUGAACCCCCCUAAAUGUUCUUUCCUACUAAUAAAUAUCCUGCUGCAGCCA